GGGACGUCCGUCUUCUUCAUUUGGUCAGCGUGUGAAACAAUAAUACUCGUAACAACAAGGAGGGAGAUGGGGGACGAAAAAAUCCUAACAUGAAUCAGAAGAAAUAAUAUCUAGCACACUCCCCCCAAAAAAUAUCAACCUCUUCCUUCCCCCCUCCCCUGAUCCCUCUCUCUCCACACGCUCGCGGGCGCGCACACAGACACACACACAGACACGCAAAGGCACACACACAUACACUGUACUGUGUGUUUUCGGAGGAGGAGGUGGUAGUGGUGGCUUUCCGAAGAGGAGGAAGAGGUGGUGUUGGGGAGGGGGGAUCUCUUUCCCCAUUUGGAGAUGAUUGUGCUAUUCCUCAUUGCCUUGCUCUGGAUGGUGGAGGGGGCCCUUUGCCAGCUCCAUUACACGGUGCAAGAAGAGCAGGAGCAUGGCACGUUCGUGGGGAAUAUUGCCGAGGAUCUGGGCUUGGACAUUACAAAACUUUCGGCUCGCCGCUUCCAGACGGCGCCCAACUCCCGCAGCCCUUACCUGGAGCUCAACCUGGAAACCGGUGUGCUCUACGUAAAUGAGAAGAUAGACCGGGAACAGAUCUGCAAGCAGAGCCCCUCCUGUCUGCUGCACCUGGAGGUCUUCCUGGAGAACCCCCUGGAGCUGUUCCGGGUGGAGAUCGAGGUGCUGGACAUCAACGACAAUCCGCCCUCCUUCCCGGAGCCCGACCUGACCGUGGAGAUCUCGGAGAGUGCCACACCAGGCACCCGCUUUCCCCUGGAGAGCGCCUUCGACCCCGACGUGGGCACCAACUCUCUGCGCACCUACGAGAUCACCCCCAAUAGCUACUUCUCCCUCGACGUGCAGACGCAGGGGGACGGCAACCGCUUUGCAGAGCUAGUGCUGGACAAACCCCUGGACCGGGAGCAGCAAGCGGUGCACCGCUACGUGCUGACAGCUGUGGACGGCGGGCAGCCCCAGCAGCGCACCGGCACCGCCCUGCUCACCAUCAGGGUGCUGGACUCCAAUGACAACGUCCCCGCCUUCGAGCAGCCCGUUUACACCGUCUCGCUGCCGGAGAACUCGCCGCCGGGUACCCUGGUGCUGCAACUCAACGCCACCGACCCCGACGAGGGCCAAAACGGCGAGGUCAUCUACUCCUUCAGCAGCCACAUCUCAGCCCGCGCCCGAGAGCUCUUCGGCAUCGCGCCGCGCACCGGGCGGCUGGAGGUGAGCGGCGAGCUGGACUAUGAGGAGAGCAGCGUGUACCAGGUAUACGUGCAAGCCAAGGACCUGGGGCCCAAUGCCGUGCCGGCGCACUGCAAGGUUCUGGUGCGGGUACUGGACGCCAACGACAACGCGCCCGAAAUCAGCUUCUCCACCGUCAAGGAGGCGGUGAGCGAGGCAGCGGCGCCGGGCACCGUGGUGGCCCUCUUCAGCGUCUCGGACCGCGACUCGGAGGAAAACGGGCAGGUGCAGUGCGAGUUGUUGCAGGGCGAUGCGCCCUUCCGCCUCAAGAGCUCCUUCAAGAACUACUACACCAUCGUCACCGAGGGGCCCCUGGACCGAGAGCAGCCAGGUGGCGACGCCUACACCCUCACCGUGGUGGCCCGGGACCGCGGCGAGCCGCCGCUGAGCACCAGCAAGUCCAUCCAGGUGCGGGUGAGCGACGUGAACGACAACGCGCCGCGCUUCAGCCAGCCCGUCUACCAGGUCUACGUGAGCGAGAACAACGUGCCCGGCGCCUACAUCUACGCCGUCAGCGCCACCGACCGGGACCAGGGCGCCAACGCCCAGCUAGCCUACUCCAUCCUGGAGAGCCAGAUCCAGGGCAUGUCCGUCUUCACCUACGUCUCCAUCAACUCCGAGAACGGCUUCCUCUACGCCCUCCGCUCCUUCGACUACGAGCAGCUCAAGGAGUUCAGCUUCCAAGUGGAGGCCCGCGACGCUGGCGAGGAGCCGCAGCCGCUGGCCGGCAAUGCCACCGUCAACAUCAUCGUGGUGGACCAGAACGACAACGCGCCGGCCAUCGUCAGCCCCCUGCCGGGCCGCAACGGCACCCCAGCGCGGGAGGUGCUGCCCCGCGGCGCCGAGCCGGGCUAUCUGGUGAGCCGUGUGGCGGCCGUGGACGCCGACGACGGGGAGAACGCCCGCCUCACGUACAGCAUCGUUCGGGGCAAUGAAGCCAGCCUCUUCCGCAUGGACUGGCGCACCGGGGAGCUCCGGACGGCCCGCAGGGUGCCGGCCAAGCGCGAUCCCCAGCGCCCCUACGAGCUGGUCAUCGAGGUGCGCGAUCACGGGCAGCCGCCGCUUUCCUCCACUGCCGCCAUCCAGGUGGUGCUGGUGGACGGCGCGGCCGAGCGGCCCGGCGGCGGCGGCGGCGGCCUGGGCGCGGGGGCGGGCGCGGGGGGCGGUGGCGGCGGGGGCUCCGGCGAGCAUCGCCCCAGCCGCUCCGGGGGGGACACCUCGCUUGACCUCACCCUCAUCCUCAUCAUCGCCCUGGGCUCCGUCUCCUUCAUCUUCCUGCUGGCCAUGAUCGUCCUGGCCGUGCGCUGCCAGAAGGAGAAGAAGCUCAACAUCUACACCUGUCUGGCCAGCGACUGCUGCCUGGGCUGCUGCUGCUGCUGCCCCUGCUGUAGUCGCCAGGCGCGGGCCCGCAAGAAGAAACUCAGCAAGUCGGACAUCAUGCUGGUACAGAGCUCCAACGUGCCCAGCAACCCAGCGCAGGUACCUGUGGAGGAGUCGGGCAGCUUCGGCUCGCAUCACCACAACCAGAACUACUGCUACCAGGUCUGCCUCACUCCCGAGUCCGCCAAGACCGACCUGAUGUUCCUCAAACCCUGCAGCCCCUCCCGCAGCACCGACGCCGAGCACAACCCCUGCGGGGCCAUCGUCACCGGCUACGCUGACCAGCAGCCCGACAUCAUCUCCAACGGCAGCAUUUUGUCCAGCGAGACAAAACAUCAGCGUGCAGAGCUCAGUUAUCUAGUUGACAGACCCCGACGAGUAAACAGUUCUGCAUUCCAGGAAGCAGACAUAGUAAGCUCUAAGGACAGUGGUCAUGGGGACAGUGAGCAAGGAGACAGUGAUCAUGAUGCCACUAAUCGAGGUCAAUCCUCUGGCAUGGAUCUCUUCUCCAAUUGCACGGAGGAAUGUAAAGCACUGGGCCACUCAGAUCGGUGCUGGAUGCCUUCCUUUGUCGCAUCUGAUGGACGCCAAGCUGCAGAUUACCGCAGCAAUCUGCAUGUACCUGGCAUGGACUCUGUUCCAGACACUGAAGUGUUUGAAACACCUGAAGCCCAGCCAGGGGCAGAAAGAUCCUUCUCCACCUUCGGCAAAGAGAAGGCCCUUCACAACACUCUGGAGAGGAAGGAGUUGGAUGGACUGCUGUCUAAUACACGAGCGCCUUACAAACCACCAUAUUUGACACGGAAAAGGAUAUGCUAGUCACUUCUACAGGACUUACCUGAAGCAGCAUGAUUUGCACAAAAGUCGACCAACAAAAAGCAUCAACUUUCAACUUCAUUAUCUUGGCCAUCCAGUUCUGUGUAACUGAAGGAUUUGUGUGCUGUUGGAGACAUCAUGGCCAACAAUAGGACCUAAUUGCUCUCAGCAGGCCUGAGAAAUGAGUUGAAAUGUGUAGAACUGUAGAAACUUCAGAGGCAACUGAUCUUGCCUCUCUGAUCAGUGUGUGCCUGUUUACAGCACUAUAUAUCUUUCUCGCUCCAAAAUGUCACUGAGCCCUUUAGAUGUUUAUAUUCACCACAAGAAGCCAAUCGUACAGAUAAAAGAAAUGUGCAUUAUAAAUGCAAUAUCACUGUUUUAAACUUGACUGUUUUAUAUUAUUUUUGUGUG